CGGUCAUUCCUGCGCCGGGGAAGGGGGCGGUGACGACGCCGGCUGGGCCGGCGCCGGAGAAGUUGGGACCGGCCCCGGCCUGGGUCGGACAGCGGAGGUGACAGACUUCUGCUCGUCCCAUUGACGAUGGCGGUGUUUCACGACGAAGUGGAGAUCGAGGACUUCCAAUAUGACGAGGACUCCGAGACGUACUUCUACCCCUGCCCGUGUGGGGAUAACUUCUGCAUCACCAAGGAAGAUUUGGAGAAUGGGGAAGACGUGGCAACGUGCCCUAGCUGCUCACUCAUUAUUAGAGUGAUUUAUGACAAAGAUCAGUUUACUUGUGGAGAGACAGUCCCAGCCCCUUCCACCAACAAAGAACUAGUUAAAUGCUAAAGAAGACUUCAGGACUUCAAAGCCUGAACUUUUGGGAAUGAGCCAAGGUGGAAGAAUCAAAUGCAGAGUCACUGGCUUCUUCAUGUGGACCAUCAUUUUGUAGUUUGCUGUUCAUUAGCGUGUGGAUUCUUUCCAUUGGCGGCUGGGUUCAUCUCCAAUUGAAGAAGCAGGUUCACCACAUGACAUACCCAGGUUUUGUGCUUAGAACUUUAAAAUUGGAAGUGUUCUUAAUUUUCCAUCCACACUUAAAAGAAGAUAAUUUCAAAUCAGUGCUUUCUUUCCCUCAGUUUUGUUGCUUUUAUGACUUACACCUAAUUUCAUUAUCUGACAACAGCAUUAUCUACCUUAAAGUCAUUAAGAUGCUUUAAUUUAAAAAAGGGAUUUUAUGUUUUAGUUGGUCAUUAAGAUUAUUAAAACUAGCCAUUUCUUUAAUUUCACAUCAUCUUUGCUGUUCUAAACUGAAGGAAAUUAGUUGCCUCUUGUCAGUCAGGAUUGCACCUUCAGUUGGCCAUGCCAGUCUUCCAGAGCUAGCAGUUAGUCAAAUGUUUAUGUUCUGUUAAGCAUGCCAUUUCCGUUAUACAACACCUGUUUUUGCUGAAGAUGAAUUUGAAAAUGAGAUGCCUCUUCUAGUUAAAUAUGCCCUUGAGUGGAGAUCCCCAUCCUGACUCAGUGGAAAUGAAUCUGGCUAGUAUCCACAAGGACGCAGGUUCAAUCCCUGGCCUCUAUCACUGGGUUAAGAAUCCGGUGUUGCCUUGAGCUGUUGUGUAGGUCACAGACACGGCUCGGAUCUGGCAUUGCUGUGGCUGUGGUAUAGGCCAGCGCCUACAGCUCCGAUUCAGCCCCUAGCCUGGGAACCUCCAUAUGCCGAGGGUGCAGCCCUAAAAAAAAAAAAAAAUAUGCCUUGAGGCUCAUCUGAUAAACUUCUAUAAGCUGCAACCACAUCAGAGAUUCACUCUUUGCAGAGAAAUUUUGCCCUGGAGAAAAGCAUAUAAAGAUAAGCUAUCAGUCUUCCUUUGCUACAGUCCUGAUAGUAGCAAGAAAUAGAAUCACUCAUAUAGAAAGUCCAGAAUUCCCUUUAUAUACACACCUUUGCUAUGUGUAUAUAAAGUUAAACAAACCAAUGUCUGGCAGGUUGUUUGGGGAAUGGCUCCUGCAGUUAGAAAAAUAGCUUGCCAAAAUGUGAACAUUUUGUUACUAACUGAUAAAUGUGCUGAACACACUCUUUGAGGGUCUAAAUUAAAACAGGCAAGUGUUUUUUUUCUCCCUGCUAGCAGCAUAGCUAUGUGGAGCCAUUAGGCUGAGACAUAAUUAACCACCGAAAAUUGAAUGCCAGGACUGCUUGGUAUAUUAUAUGAACUAUUAUAUGGCACAUGCUUCAUGUUAGGAGAAACCCCAUCCCCAUUUGAGACACUGAUGCCCCAGGGGUAAUCCACAGUUGUUUGAAAGCAGUGACGGCUCAGGUGAACAGAGCAGGGUGUGUGUUGACCCUUGGGGAUGAGCUGCAAUGAGAAACUGAGGUUUUGUAGAUACCAAUAACUGAUGAUGAAUUUCAGGCAAUAACAGACAUCCUUGGUGUCAUAGUCUGCUAGAGCACAGAAGAGCAGGAAGAAGUUCCCUAAGUCCAGACGUCCCAGGAGAAAAGAAGCAAAUGGUACUGGCGAUGAAUAAACUGUGAUAAUGAGAACAAUUUUGUUUCCAAGGCAAGUGAAUCACUAAAUCUGUUAACCACAAAAACACAUAUCAGGAUUUAAUGCUAUGUUAAGCAGAAGGUAAAACCAGGUCUUGAAGGUCUGACUAGCAUUCUUUGUGGUGUGUGCCUUGUUUAGCUUAACAGACAUUUCAGAGCCUCUGAGAACUGAUGGUAAUCCAGGCUUUGUCUCUUGCUAGCUUUGUGAUCUUUGGCAAGGCUAGUGGAUUCCUCAUCUGUACAAUUAGGAGACUGGUUCAGGGGGUUUCAAACUCAGUACUAUAAUUUCAGGCUUUGUAGUUUGCAGAUGCUGGAAUGAUAAUUGAAACCUUUCUAAACUAAACAUGAUCUACAAGGAUCAUGCAUGUACUUUAGUGUAUACAUUCAGAACCCUUAUUUUGUGGAAAGCACCCAACAUUUUUGAUAACUGUACAUAUUAAUUUAUUACCAGAAUAAAUUGUAUUGGCAUGCUAAAUAA